AUGACCGCCAAGACCUUUAUUGUCACACUCAAAGACCAAGUCACCGAACCAGACGUUUCGUCGAUCAAAAAGUCGUUCACCGAUCUCGGUGGCAAAAUCAUACACGAAUUCUCGCUGAUUAAGGGAUUCACGGUCAAGGUGCCGGAAAUUGGGAUCGACAGCAUCAAGGAAAAACACGGGAACCACAUUGCCAAUAUUGAAGAGGACCAAGAAGUGCACACGCAAGCGUGA